AUGCAUUCAAGCGAUACCAACUUGAAUAGUAUUAGCAACCUUCCUUUCAACAUCCAUUGCUUUGUUGGUUCUGAUGAGAGGAUUACUCUUGGUAACUCUCUGUCGAUUCUAUUAAGAGCUGUUCCUGAAUGGAGACCCUCCUCUGAUGACAACGUCAACGCUGGCAUGGAAGGCUCCUUGCCUGUCUUUGUAUCUCUAUGUGGACUACUGCUGUUUCGCUACACAUCAUCUCCCAGCUUCAAAAUGAAUGUCGCAUACAGAACUUCCAGUGUACAAAUGACCAUCAAGACCAUCGAGUUCAAUGUUUCCAUUACUCCAAGAUCAACUUUCCUCAACUUGGUCAGCCAUGUAUUGAGCACCUUGUCAGCAGAAUUGCCAGAGUCCUCUCUACCUAACAUACAAGACGUAUUAUACAUCAAUAUCAACGAUCGCGACAACGAGUCUCCAGAAAUAGUGGAAAUGUCCAGAACCGGUGGACUUUACUUGCACUUUAUUGACAUUCAAGACUGCUUCAUGACCAUCUUUUCGUUCUCCAACCUCUUGUCCUCUGUGUAUCCCAACGCUAUCAAUAUCAAGUCCCACUGGCUUUGUAUGCUGAACGGUCUCCGUACUGCUCCACUUGAGUUUGCCAGUUAUGCUCUGUAUGAAGUUCCUAUCCUUGAAUCCGAAGAAAACAAAACUCUGUUAAACGUUUGGAACAAGUGCCCUCACCCUGAUGUCCAUCAGAAGCUUGGAAUGAACGCCGCACUUUUGCAAAAUCUGUUUGAAAGGCAGGCAUCAAUGCAUCCUGAAAACCUUGCCAUUGUACAAGAAGAUCCUGAGAAUCCUGUAAGGUAUACUUACUAUACCGCUAAUUUUUUGGCCGACGUUGUUGCAAGAUACAUCAACGCUUACCCUCAAGACAACAAAAAAACAAGACGAGCCUACACCUUUGAUGAUGAAGAAGUCUUCAUUGCUCAUCUUUUUCCCCGCUGUGCUGAAUCCUACAUUGCUAUGUUGGGUAUUCUUAAAAGCGGAUCCGCCUAUGUUCCUCUGGACCCUGCUUUUCCCAUGGAAAGAAUAUGCUAUAUCCUGCAAGAUUGCCAAGCCAAGUUUAUCAUAACUACUUCUGAGCUCGGACUCAAGAUGAAGGACUUUCUAGAAGAGCAAAAAAGCCAAGGUCAAAGCAUUAGAACUCAAGUUCUUAUAUGGGAAGAAAUCUCAAGCACCAAGAUCGUAGACCGAGAAUGCGCCUUCAUCGAUGGAAUGGUCACUCACAAAAGAAAGAACACAAGUGUUGAAAGACCUGCUUAUGUGAUCUACACCUCUGGUACUACCGGAAACCCCAAAGGUUGCAUAAUUGAACAUCGCAGUGCUGUCAAUCUUGUAUUAUCCGAGUCGAUUAUCUUUCCCUUGUCCGAUAAGGAUGUGGUAUUUCAAAACUUUUCAUUGGCUUUUGAUGCAUCCAUUGAAACCAUUUGGCUGGCCUUCUUCAACGGUGCUACUCUAUACAUCCCUACGGAAGAUAUGAUGCACUCUGGCGCUCAAUUAGCACAGUUCAUCAACCAAGCAAAUAUCACUGUCCUUUCCUGUGUCCCAACCAUGUUGAACAUGAUGAGCAUUGGCAUUUCAGAGAAUGAAUUAAGCGAUGAUUACCUACUGCCGACCGUCAAACUAUUGAUUGUCGGUGGUGAGUCUUGCCCAAAAGACGUCAUUGAGAAAUGGAGUCUGAACGGAAAAAGACGAAUGGUCAAUACCUACGGACCAACAGAGGCAACAGUCAUUGCCACCUUUGGCGACUGCAAACCUGAAGAUGUGAACGUCACUAUUGGUACGGUUGUUCCAAACUACGAGGUGUACAUUCUGGAUGCGUUCAUGAACCCUGUACCAAUUGGUGCCAUCGGCGAGCUCUGCAUUGGAGGAAUUGGUGUUGCACGUGGAUACUUGAACCGCCCCGAUUUAAACCAGGAAAAGUUUGUUCCCAAUCCUUUCUCAAACGGCUCUGCUCACUCUCAACGUCUCUACAAGUCUGGAGAUCUUGCUCGCUUCAUUCCUUCCCAUACCGGAAAAGGCCCAUCAGGCUUACCAGCCGGUAGCAUAGAACAUCUCGGUCGCAUUGAUAUGCAGGUCAAGAUCAGAGGCUUUCGAGUGGAAAUAUCGGAGAUCGAAUCCGUUAUUGUCAGCUGCUGCGAAGAAGUUGAAAAUGCAGUCGUUAAUGUCUGGAAAAGCAAGAGUGACGACCCCACAGAAGAAUCUGUCGAGCUAUUGGUAGCCUAUUUGGUACUCAAACAUGACCUGAUGUUUAACGAACCACUUCUCAAGGAGGUUCUCAAGGCUCGUCUUCCCUAUUACAUGGUUCCAAGCAUCUUUCAAACCAUUACUGAAAUACCGACUUUGCCAAGUGGAAAGAUCAACCGAAAGGCCCUUCCAGAACCCGUUAUUCCAAAGUUCAAUAUUCAGGUUCCCAGUUCAGACAGUGACUUGACCGUCGUAAGCAACUUGUUGACGCCAACCCAGCGAAAGGUGGCACAGCUAUGGAGAACUGUACUGCAUCUGACUGACCAAACCUUAGAGCCGGAUUCCGACUUCUUCGAAUUGGGUGGCCACUCCAUGGUAGCUGCCAAGUUUGUUUCAAGCCUACGCGCUCUGGCUGAAUACCGAGAUGUGACCAUGAUUGAUGUUUACAAGUACCGCAAAUUGGAGGAGUUCUCAGGACGUCUUGAAUUUUAUUCCCAAAAGUCUUCCGGAAGCUCAGCCUCUAUUAACUCUGAAAUGGACACCGUUCUUGGAUCACCGCCCAUAAGAGUGAUCCCCCCUGGUCCCGCCAACGUUAACUGGUUCGUCAAAAACAUCUUCAUGUUCAUUUCCCUCUACCUGGUGUUUGUGUUUGCUUCCAUGCAACUGAUGGUGCCCUAUCUCAUGUAUUCCUAUGUGAAUAUUGAGAGCUUCACUUCCAUUGAGGCUAGCGAAAACCUUACUAUCACUAUUUCAGACCUACUCUUACAUCCUACUGACACUCCAAACUAUGAUACUCUACAAAACAUUUAUGGUGCAAGAUUUGAUUAUAGUGCUUUUGCUCUUAUGAUAUGCUCUCUUUUGAUCACCUGGGCCAUUUAUCCAAUUGUUUGUAUCGCAGCUAAAUGGAUCAUUAUCGGUCGUUUCAAGCCUGGUGUCUAUCCUCUUUACGGAGUUUACUACUGGAGAUGGUGGAUUGUCCACCGUAUGACAACUAUGCUGCCACUAUCCUUCUUCAAAGGUUCUCCACUUCUUGUUUACAUCUACCGAGCUAUGGGAGCAAAAAUCGGCAAGAAUGUAUACAUGGGAACCGGCCAUGUUUCGUGUCUUGAUAUGGUCAAUAUCGGUGAUAACACAAGCAUUGGUAUUGAUGUCCAUUUACACGGCUAUACUGUGAAAAUGGGCAAAAAACAACCUAAUGGACGAUAUCAAGGCUGGCUAGUUAUUGGUCCCUUGGAAAUUGGCUCCAACUGCUACAUUGGGGCUCGCACUCAUUUAGCCGUCGACUCUGUCGUUCAAGACGAUGUUGGUAUUGCUGAAUUCUCUAUGGUACCCGAAGAAACCGUUCUUGAAAGUGGCAAUACAUAUGCUGGAUCUCCCAUUGAACGAUGUGAGCGAGCGGCAUUAAGCUGUGAAUUUGCAGAUAUCGCUGAGAACUCCAAGGAACUUUACCCGGAUGUUGUUGAUCCUAGGAGACUACCUCACUGGCUUGCCAUCUGUAUUCAAGCUUUCUUCGUCCUUGGCAUGAUGCUGGUGUUUAUGGCUGCUCUCAUCCCCGGCAGCGUCAGUAUGGUCAUCCUUAUCAACCACCCUUCCUUUGCAUAUCCUCUCACUUCAGAAAUUGCAGGAGAUGGCGACGAGCGGACCACUUCGGUUUACUGGUUAGUUGUCAUGUCGGUCUUGCUUGUAAUCUCCUUCAUUUUUGUCCUAUGUCUGGAAAUUGCCGCUAUCAAAUGGCUGCUACUUGGUAGAUCGAAAGCCACUAGAAAAAUUUUCCAUGUCGACAGCUGGCUUUACUGUCGCAAGUGGUUUGUAGAUUGCCUUAUGCAACUCAGCUUGGCUAUGCUGCAUUCUAUGUAUGCUACUCUAUUCCUUCCUAUCUGGUUCAGAAUGCUUGGCUCCAAGAUAGGAAAACUUGCCGAAGUCUCCACUGUUUUCCAUUGCUCACCAGAUCGCUUGGUCAUGAAAGAUGGUAGCUUCAUUGCUGAUGCUGCCUACCUUGGUCCUCCUCGAAUUUGCAAUGGCUGGGUUCAAAUAUCCGAUACUAUCAUUGGCGAAAAAUCCUUCAUUGGAAACUCUGCCUUUGUCCCCACCGGUGUGGAAAUCAAGAAUAACUGUCUGUUAGGCGUCAGUUCCAGACCACCUCUUCAAGAAAGCCCAAGGCCAAAGUGUGAUCGUCCUGACACCCCAAAAAGCGAAGUUUCUACGUUGGUUGCCCUGGAAGUUCAGGAAGCCUUGGAUUGUACAUAUGACCCAGGGUUUACAAACGGUAUCUCACAAGAAGUGGCAGAAGGCACCUCUUGGCUUGGGUCCCCAGGAUUAUUUCUUCCCAAUAGAGCAACUUCUGCCAAGGCGGUUUCCAGUUCUCGUACAUUCAAUCCUCCGUGGUAUCUCUACAUUGCCCGUCUAUCGGUUGAAAUCUGGAGAGUGGGUCUUCCAACACUUAUCUUUGGUAUCGCUUCUCUGGUGUUGUUCUUCGCAACUACCUACAUUAGCGCAUUUGACUGGGUCAACGAGCUGGUUUUUUGGCUGGUCUUCCCAUUCGCUUACAUUUUUUCUGCGGUCUUCUGCUGUCUUCUGGUUGCACUUUGUAAAUAUGUCAUCAUGUGGAAAUACGUUCCAAGAGAAGCGCCACUCUGGAGCUUUUACGUUUGGAGAACCGAACUCAUCGGGGCUCUUGAAGAAGCCCUUAGCAAUGUGGUUCUUUGCAAUCAUAUUCGCGGUACGCCAUUCGUGUGCUGGUGGUUCAGACUCCUAGGUGCCAAGAUUGGUAAAAACGUCUGGCUGGAAACCACCAUGGUGACUGAAGCUGACUUGCUGACCAUCGGAGACGACUGUGCUAUUCGAGCCGACUGUACCUUGCAAACCCAUCUCUUUGAGGACCGCAUCAUGAAGAUGUCUUACUUGAAGAUCGGCAAUGGCUGCGAGAUUGGAGCAUGGUCUAUUGCUUUGUACGAUGGUGUCUUGGAAGAUGGCUCUCACCUCGGAGACUUCUCUUUGCUGAUGAAGGGCGAGCGAUUCAUCGAGAACUCCGAUAUGGUGGGUAUUCCUGCACAGCCUGUUUCUCGGCCAAAGCUGGAUUAA